AUGGCGUUCUCGUCAAUGCUGUCUGGCGCCGAGUGCUCGGCAUCGAACAACCAGCUCUCGCAAUUUCUCAAACAUGCGCAGACAGACCGCUCGCUGCAACAGGAUACAAUGCAGGGACCGACCGGACUCGCAUCUCGUCCCGCGUUCCGCACGCAGCCCGCAGGCGCCCGGGGUGGUGCGCCAGAGAUGGAGGCGUUCCUGCGUGGGCGCGAUCCAGCAUCUACGCCGUUUGAUAUGCAGUCCAUGCGAGCCGAGAUGGAGGCGGUGCGGGACCUCGGUGUACCCGCUCCGGCCGGUGGCGCCCAUGCCUGGGCGCAGGAGCUGCACCGGCCAGCGCCACACGUCGGCGGCGCUUGGAGCGAGCAGUUCCACUCGAUGGGUGCAGGUGUCGCGCCCGUGCGCCCUACUGUGCACACCCAAGCGCCGCGGCCGCACGAGGCGUCCUUCCUGCGUGGCCCGGGCGCCCCUAUGCCCGGAUUGCGCAUGGGGCCGCAUCCUCUGAUGCCAGCGGGCCUCGAGCGCGAGCAGGUUUCAAAUCGCUUUGUGGAAUUAGACGAGGCGCAGUGGCAGGCACAAUUUGACCGUCUGGAAGCGGAGGCGGCGGACACCAAAGGCAAAGGCAAGGCCGCUGAGAGUUCGGCAACCGAGGCGCAGGCGCCUAGCCAGGCAGACACCGAUGCACUCUCUGAAGAGGCGCAGCUGAAGGAGCUACGUGAGAUGGAGGCGCGCCUUCGUGACGAAGUCCAUGACGAAAACCCUCGCUUUGAGGAGCUGUGGAAUGCGCUCAAAGAUACGUCGCUGCUGGACAAGCGCGAAGACCUCGCCGAAUGGGAGCGGCAGCUGAUGGAGGCUGUCGCCGACGAGGACGCGGCGAGCAUGAUGCAUCCGGGCGGAGGUCUAGGCUACGGCGAGUUUGGACACAAUGAGCUCGAUGGGCUCGGUGAGGACGAGGCAGCCUUGCGGCGGCACUUGAACGACGUGGACGAGCGUGGUUUUCCGACGCUGGGCUCGUACAAGUACGAGUCCCACAAUCCGUAUGUGUCGCAUGCGGCACCGUACGCUGAAGGAAUGCGUCUCGUCGAACAAAAUGGCAGUCUCACGGAUGCAGCGCUGCUAUUCGAAGCGGCAACGCUGCGCGACGCAGCAGCCCAGGGGGAGAUUGAGCUCACGCAUGAGGAGCGCUCGCGCGCAUGGCAGAAGCUGGGCGAGUGCCAUGCAAUGAACGAGCACGAGACCAAGGCGAUCCAGGCGCUCGAGGAGGCGGUGCGCCUCGACGCGGGCAACGUCGGGGCACUCAUGUCAUUGGCCGUAUCGUACAUCAACGAGGGAUACGAUCAAGCAGCGAACGAGACGCUGCUGCGCUACCUCGCCCGCUCGCAUCCCCAUAUGGCAUCCAGCAGCGAGUUUCCGACGCUGCCUGACGAGCAGAGGAAUCCGUGGGCGCGGUUGGACUAUGUGCGUGGACUGUACCUCAAGGCUGUGCGCGAGGACGCAGCAGAGCAGCGCCUAGACCCUGAUUUACAGAUUGGGCUGGGACUGUUGUUCUACGCGAGCUCGAGCUACGAGCAGGCCCGCGACUGCUUCCGUGCCGCACUUUCAGUGCGGCCAGACGACUGGCAGCUAUGGAACCGGCUGGGUGCAACACUGGCGAAUGGCGGGAACCCUGAGCUGGCGACGGAAGCGUACCACAAGGCACUCGAGCUGCGUCCUACGUUCACACGUGCGAUCUAUAAUCUCAGUGUAUCUUGUCUCAACCUCGGCGCGCACCACGAGGCGGCCGAGCAUCUGCUCUCGGCGCUCGCGCUGCAGCGCACGCAGACCCUACCAGACACGCCCGGCACUGUGCCGACACCCAUGCUCGCGCACGUCCAAGAAAGUCAGGGUCUCUGGAAUACACUGCGCAGCGUCAUGGUCAUAGGAGUUCCGCAGCGCAGGCUUUGA